CGGCGCGACAUGCGCAGAGGCUAGACAAGCCCGCUCAUCCGCAGUCCAAGGUCCCGGCCAGUCGUGCUUCUGCUAUACUCGAACGACCACGACGACGACGACGACGACGACGACGACGACGAUCAUCCGAGAGACCCGUAUAUACCUACGUCGAACGUUUUUGCUUUUUAGAUCGUUAGAUCGCGUGUCAGGGGCCGAUAAAGCGCCGCCACGGAGGAGCAAUCAUUCAGAGCUCGAUGAAAAGAUGAAGACGCACUUCCUCCGCCACGAGUACGCCGCUGCCGCUGCCGCUGCCGCUGCUGUUGAUACUAGUGCUAUACUACUCGUGGCUCCGAGGCGGCAACUAUGUGAUGCUGCCCUGCCGCUGUUCCUCGUCAUCGGACAGCCGGAAUCAUCGUCGCUCCUGUCGCACGCUUCUUGCGCGCUGGAAGACCUUCAAGAGAUACCCGGUGUGAUUGGCGGACAUUAGCCUGCACGCGCUGCUGCUGCCGCCGCCGCCGCUGCUGCUGCUGCGAAAGAGAGGGAGAGAGAGAGAGAGAGAGAGAGAGAGCUGGGGAAAUGAAAAUUGCCAAGUUGACGCUGCUGGUUCUUAUGCUCGUGUUGAUACUGUCGAUAUUCGUCGCUAAUGUCGUCAAUAUCAUCGACGUCGAUUCGCACGGCAUCGCGGCCGGCGCCGCUGCCGAAUCGAGGUGGUCGAAACCGAGAAAGUACGACAUUGGCGAUUCGGCCGAUCACCUCCUCUGGUUUCUACAGAUAACAGACUUACACAUAAGCAUUUUCCGGGACCCACUUAGAAUAACGGAGCUAAAAGAGUUUUGUGAUAUAACUGUCGGUUCGAUAAAGCCCGAAGUCGUGCUUGCGUCCGGUGACUUGACGGAUGCAAAAACGGCGGACAAAAUGGGCUCGCGGCAAUUCUUGGAGGAAUGGCAGCACUACAAGAAGCUCCUCGACGAGUCCCGAGUUACCGAAAAAACCACGUGGCUGGACGUAAGAGGCAAUCACGCCUGUCAAUGUACGCAGACAACUUCAACGUCUUGGACAGCAAGUCGAAGGAGAACUACUACGCCAACUACUCGGUGCAGGGGGGCAAGCACCCGCGAUCUUACAUGCACCAGGUGCGUCACCCGGCCGACUCGAGCCUCUACUCCUUCAUCGCGGUCGACGCCUGUCUGAAGCCCGGGCCGAAGAGGCCCUUCAACUUCGUCGGUGCUCUCGAUCAGCUGGAGAUCGACCGGCUCAACGGACUCAUGAACCAGUCCCGGCAGAGUCAGGCCGACUACAUCGUCUGGUUCGGACACUAUCCCACCUCGUGCAUCGUCGCGCCCAACGCCGGCGGUGUCAGGGCCGUCAUAGGUAAAUACGAGGAGAGCAUGACGUAUCUGUGCGGUCACUUUCAUACGCUUGGUGGCACAGUGCCUAACAUGUACAGCCUGCAGCAGGCUGGCUUUCUCGAGCUGGAAUUGGCUGAUUGGAAAGAUAAUAGAAUGUACAGACUCGGCGUCAUCGAUCACGGGCAAUUUUCCUUCCUGGACGUCGGGCAUCGCGACUGGCCUGUCGCUCUAGUCACCAAUCCGAAGAAUUUGCAGUUCGCGAUGCCCCGCAAGGAGAAUGUACAAUCCAUCAUCGAUUCUACUCAUAUAAGAGCUUUGGCCUUCUCAAUUGUAGAUAUUAAAUCCGUAAAGGUGCGGAUCAACGAUGAAAGUUGGGUAGAGUGCAGAAACGUUAAGGGACCGCUCUACGUUGCGGAGUGGAAUUCCUCAGAGUACAAGACUGGCAUUCAUCAUAUUCAGUUGCAAGUUGUAGACAGCGAUGGCAGGGAAAAAAUCGUGACGCAGCCGUUUUCCUUAGAUGGAAGCCGGCUGACGUUUGGUAUCUUGCCGAGAAUUAUACUCAUGUCCGAAGUUAGCCGUAUUUUUCAGAUUAUGUUCGCUACGCUCUUCGUAAUGCUAGUUUUGCCUCUGUGCGGCUUACGAAUCUAUCAUAACACUUAUCAUUUGAUACACGGCAGGAGUAUUAGCCAACCGCGGAUACGCAUAAAAUUGUUCCGGUGGUGGCUCAGGAGUCAUUGGAUUCUAUCGACUGUCGAUCGGCUGUUCUUUCCGCUAGUUUUGUAUGCGAUAUACUUGCUCGUUGGACCAUGGACUAUAGGCGAAAUAAUUGACAAUCACACAGGAGUCAUUUUUGCGUGGGGAACAUUCGUCGGAAGUUCUUUUCUGCCCGGAUCGUUCACCUAUGCAUACGGUUUUUUCCAGCUGCUUUCCUUUCAUCUUCCGUUAACACUUAUUGUAGCGCACCGUGUCAGUAGACGAUUGCAGUUAAUUGAAAAACCUCCAAGAAAAUUUAGAAAUGUCUUAUCGAAAGUUUGGGAACAUGUGCCAUUUAUUUUGCUCGUAUCGAUGCAAAUAAGUAUGAUCUACUUCUUCUGGUUGGCUUAUGGGACUGUAGCGACUGUUUUGUGUCCGUUGAGGACCUGGAGCUUACUGUUAGCUAUAACUUUGUGGUAUCAAGUUUACAAAAUGCCAACAGAAUGUCUGAGAUCAGCAGCAACGGUCUGGUGUGCUCACGGCUGUCUUGUAUCAGAAGAAAAGGAUGAGAACCGACGCAGUAUUCACGGCGAUUCAAAGUAAAGAGCAAUAUCGGAUUUGAUAGAUCUGAAUUAUUAUACUUAUGAGAAGAAAAAAUACUCUUUUACGAAAAGAAAAAACUACCAAAAAUCUAAAACGCAUUAAACCACAAAGCAUUUAAAAGAUAUAAUACAUAGCAUCUCUUAUUUGUAUAUGUGUACAAAAAAAUGGAUGAAACCAAAACUCAUUUAUUUUUAAAACAUAUUGUGCAAAUAGUGCAACACUAAUCAAAAAUUAAAACUUCUUAAUGGUAAUCUUUUGCAGAAUAAAAUAUUUUUUCUAAAUUUUUAUGAUAGCUUUGUAAAGUACUUGAAUUAACGAAUGAUUACAAUGAUGAAUUCCAAGUAUUGACACCGAUGCCGUUAACUUUAACGAAGCAUGUGGGUUCAAUUUUUUGAAGUACUUUAAAAAAAUGCAAAAGGUAUUAAAACUUUUUAUUGUAAAUUAUAAAUCAACUCAAUAUUUGUUAGCAAAUAUCAUUGUAACUAUAUUAUAUUUCAAUAGCCUGGAAAAAUGUUUGUAAAGGCAAAUUAUAGAAUAACUUAAGUUACUAAAAUUCACGUGAUUCGUUAAAAAACUGCUUCCACACAGAAUAUUUUUUUAAAUUUAUGUAUACAAAGUUUAGUAAAUAAAGAAGAUUACGAAAA